GGAGCACAAUAUUUAGCUGAUGCAUUACAACACAACACAGUAAUUCUUAACCUUUUUUUUAUCUACAUCAUGUUUUUACCUUCACUUUUCUAUCAAGACACUAAUCACACUGAAUCUUCGAGAUAACCGCAUCGGAGAGAUUGGAGCACAAUAUUUAGUUGAUGCAUUGCAACGCAACACAGUAAUUUUCAAUUCCUCAUUAUCUAUACCAUGUUUUAACUUCCAUUUUUUUAUCUAGACGCUGACUAGUCUAGAUUUCUCGAGCAAUCAAAUCGGUUCGGAUGGAGCAAAAUAUUUUGCUGAUGCAUUGCAACAGAACACAACACUUAUCAGUCUAGACCUCUGGGACAACGGCAUCGGAGAGGUUGGAGCACAAUAUUUGGGUAAUGCAUUACAACACAAUACGAUACUGACGAAUCUAGAUCUGUCGUGGAAUGAUAUCAAAGAUGUAGGAGCACAAUAUUUAGCUGACGCAUUAAAACACAACGCAGCACUGACUAGACUAAAUCUCCGAGAUAAUCGAAUCGGAGAACUUGGAGUACAAUAUUUAGCAUAUGCACUACAACUUAACACGACACUCAUCACUCUAGAUCUAUCGAAAAAUGAAAUCGGACAGAUUGGUGCACAAUAUUUAGCUGAUGCAUUACAACGCAACAAAAAACUUAGUACAUUAGAUCUCUCGUGGAGUCAGAUCGGACAGAUUGGUGCACAAUAUUUAGCUGAUGCGUUACAACACAACACAACACUCAGCAGUCUAGGUCUCUCGAAAAAUGGAAUCGGAGAGGCUGGAGCACAACAUUUGGCUGAUGCCUUACGAUAUAAUACAGUAAUUCGUAUUCUUUCUAUAUCUUUAGCUCUACUUUCUCAUCUAGACACUUAA